GGGGCGGACCACUACCGGCGGCACAGCACAACGCACGUAGCAGUGCCGCUCAUUCUGCAUACUGACUGUUAUUUAGAAGGUCUUCUCUAUUCUAGCGUCAGUUUGAAUAGGUGAUACCGGCAGAAGUGUGAUCUAUAGCUCAAGUACCGCCAUGGCUGCGCUGUCGGGAGGAGAGAUGUGCAUCAAAUACCUGAUGUUUGUCUUCAACUUGGUAUUCUGGCUUGCAGGCACUGCUGUCUUUGCUAUAGGCUUGUGGCUAAGAUUAGACACAAAGACGAAAGGCCUGUUUGAAGGAACAGACUCUCCAUAUGUGUUUUACACAGGUGUAUAUAUCCUGAUAGGAGCUGGAGCACUGAUGAUGGUGGUGGGUUUUCUGGGAUGUUGUGGGGCCAUCCAGGAGUCCCCCUGUAUGCUGGGACUGUUCUUCUUUUUUCUGCUCAUCAUAUUUGCCAUUGAGGUCGCAGCUGGAAUCUGGGGAUUUUCCAACCAAAGCAAGGUGGUGAAUGACAUCACAACGUUCUACAUGCAGACCUACAAUAACUUUAAGACAACAGGAGACGAGCGCCUUAAAGAAUCACUGCGAGUGAUUCAAACCGGCCUGAACUGUUGUGGACCAACUGGUACUGUAAUAGAUGCUGCCAAAGACACCUGUCCCCGGGGAGAGCCACUUGAGGUGCUCAUUACUAAGAGCUGUCCUGACGCCAUUGAUGAGGUGUUUGACUCCAAGCUACACAUAAUAGGAGGUGUGGGCAUCACCAUCGGUGUUGUUAUGAUCUUUGGGAUGAUCUUUAGCAUGCUCCUGUGCUGCGCCAUCAGGAAGUCUCGGGAGGUGGUGUGACACCCACCAUCACACACUGAAGUCCUUGUUAAUGUUGCAUGAUGUCAUUCGAUUCUCCACUGCCAAUAGAAACACUGCUUGUUCAAGGGGGAUAACCUAAGCCAGGCUGGGUGUAGGUAUUUCUGAUUAUUACAUUAUACGUCAGUUCUAACUGUGCUGGUGACACUUGGGCCCACCUUCCUGGACUAUAUAGAUGCAAUGUGGUUAUUUGGCCCAACUAUAGAAUGGGUGUGCUCUGUGCUUCAGUGGCAAUAUAGUACAGAAAUGUGUAAUUUAGUGGUCAUUUGAUUGAAAUUAGUGUUUGUGAACUGCUAAUUAUCUAAACAAAAGAUCAUAUUGUAUACUGAUCACAUUUCUCACUUGGAGUCACCUACUGGCAAGACGAGUCAUGGACCUGGGCCAUAAAAAGGCAACCACCACUACUUCAGCACAAUACAGCAGUAGCCAAUGAAAUUCUAUAAUUCCUUUUUCUUACAACACUGAAGUCAAGCCAUGGCGACUAGUAGCCAGUUGAAUGCCGAGCUGUGAACUGUGGUGCCUGUGGUUUGUUCCAGCUUGGUAUCAGAGUAGCAUUUCAGUUCCUCUAUUUGUUCCUUACCUUUCUUUCUCCAUGUCCUAACUUACCCUUUCUAAAAACAUCUUUAAUUUUUUUGUCACAUUUUGUAAAUGUCUUUUCUUUUUUUUUAUUUGUAAAAGAUUUAUACAUUUAGGUGGUUGUUUGGUAGAUGCGGUUUGAUGGUGUAUUUUCUAAUGUCCGUUUCAUUUUACAGAGAUUGGGUUGAUUUGUACCAUAUGCACUGUUUGAGACAAAAAAAAAGCCAAAUAAACCAAACUAACUGAGUCGA